CCACCAUUGUCUUUGUCUCUCUGCCUCAUCGCCCCCUUUAAAGUCUCAACCUUCUUUCCCAUCUUUUCAAGCCAUUACUCUCUCACGUUUCCUAGAUAGCUAGGCUGUACGUCUACCUUUCUUUAAUUUUCACUUGAAUUCCGAUUUGGAUUUUGCUUUUUUAUAUCCAAAUUUCCAACCCCCAUAAUACACAUACAACUGCCUUCUUUCUUCUCUAAAAGCUACCAAAAAAUUUCAUUUUGAUCCCACCACCGGUACCAUGGGAGAUGAGAGGAAGCAAACCCCAGAAACUGUACCGGUUUCGGUUCAAACUCUGCCUGAGAGAAAGAAAAAUAAGCUCCCUAACUUUCUCUUAUCCGUCAGACUCAAAUAUGUGAAACUUGGGUACCACUACUUAAUCUCCAAUGCCAUGUACCUCUUGCUUGUACCACUUCUUGGCAUGACUUCGGCUCAUCUUUCUAUGCUCACUCUUCAAGAUGUUUUGCAGUUAUGGGACAACCUAAUAAAGUUCAAUCUUGUUUCGGUGACUAUAGGCUCAUGCGUAAUGGUUUUCCUUGCCACCUUUUACUUCACCAGCCGUCCAAGAAAAGUUUACCUAGUAAACUUUGCGUGUUACAAGCCUGAAGAGGCUCGAAUAUGUAGGAGGGAGAUUUUCAUUGAAAGAUCUACUUUAACUGGGACUUUCACGGAGGAGAACUUGGCUUUUCAAAAGAAGAUUCUGGAAAGGUCAGGAUUGGGCCAAAAGACCUACUUGCCUGAGGCCGUGUUGAGAGUCCCGCCCAAUCCCUGUAUGGCCGAGGCAAGGAAGGAGGCUGAAGCUGUCAUGUUCGGAGCCAUUGAUGAGCUCUUGGCAAAGACUGGAGUGAAGGCUAAGGAUAUAGGGAUUCUUGUAGUCAAUUGUAGCUUGUUCAACCCGACUCCAUCCCUCUCCUCCAUGAUUGUGAAUCACUACAAGCUCAGAGGGAACAUUUUAAGCUAUAAUCUUGGUGGUAUGGGUUGUAGUGCUGGCCUUAUUUCUAUAGAUCUUGCUAAGCAGCUAUUGCAGGUGCACCCUAACUCUUAUGCCCUAGUAAUGAGCAUGGAGAAUAUAACUCUCAAUUGGUACUUCGGCAACGACCGAUCAAUGCUAGUCUCAAACUGCCUCUUUCGCAUGGGUGGAGCAGCGAUCCUCCUCUCCAAUCGUUCUUCAGAUCGUCGUCGUUCAAAGUAUCAACUCAUCCACACCGUACGUACCCACAAGGGUGCCGAUGAUAAGUGUUACAAUUGUGUGUUCCAAAAAGAGGAUGAAACCAAAAGAAUUGGUGUCUCACUCUCAAAAGACCUAAUGGCAGUGGCUGGAGAAGCCCUCAAAACCAACAUCACUACACUAGGGCCAUUAGUCCUUCCCAUGUCUGAACAACUACUAUUUUUUGCGACUUUAGUGGGAAGGAAGAUCUUUAAAAUGAAGAUAAAACCAUACAUUCCAGAUUUUAAGCUAGCUUUCGAGCAUUUUUGCAUUCAUGCAGGGGGGAGAGCAGUGCUAGAUGAGCUAGAGAAAAACCUGGAGCUCACGGAUUGGCAAAUGGAGCCUUCAAGAAUGACUCUUAAUAGGUUUGGGAAUACUUCUAGUAGUUCUUUGUGGUAUGAAUUGGCUUACACGGAGGCUAAAGGGAGGAUCAAGAAGGGUGACAGGACGUGGCAGAUUGCUUUUGGUUCGGGAUUCAAGUGUAACAGUGCUGUGUGGCGUGCUUUAAAGACCAUUGACCCAGCUAAGGAGAAGAGUCCUUGGGUGGAUGAGAUUGAUGAGUUUCCAGUUCAUGUGCCUAAAGUGUCAGCCAUUAAUGUUUCUUGAAAGUUUAAAUUAGGUUUCUUCGCUGGGGGGGGGGGGGGGGGGGGGGGAAGGAGGGAAUUUGUGUGUAUUAAAUUUAUUUCUGAAUGCCGUAUAAACAAUUGAAAUCUGUUGCCUAAUUGAAUGUUUCUUAUAGUUUUUAUGUGUUAAUUAAUUGCCUACAUUUCUAA